AUGCACAUCGACAUGCCGUGGCAUGCAUACAAGGCACUCAUUGACGAGCCGGACAAACAUCUGGGAUGGACCAACCUGCCCUCUAGUGGAUUCUUUAGUGUCAAGGAACUAUCGCCGUACGCAGAGAUAUUCGACCCCGUUGACAUUGACCGAAUGGGAGACUACGAGGAAAUUGCGGAGCAAUGGGGCGUCAUCUUGGCCACGGCUCAUGCACGGGCCGACCAAGACUCCAAUGACUAUAUUACCACAACAAACAAAUCGAUUUGCGGGCCGAAGGCUUGCAUUCGGAAUUCCGAGGACUCGUCAGGUAGAAGCAGACUGGGACAGAUUCAAGGACAAUCUCGUUCCUAG